AUGCCUAAUCUGCCCGAGUCUGAAGAUAGCAGCGCCAAGGUUGACUACAACUUCUUCAGCUCCUCGGCGGGCGUCGGGGCCACGCUCAACGCCACCGUCGUUGCCGCCGGCCACGAACGCCCUGAACCCUCCAAGACCGCAGUCUCCAACGACUCCGCCUCGUGGUCAAGCGGCCGCCUCACUUCGCCGCCGCUGCCACCGCCGCAACCAGCGUACGACGACACCCUGUCAAUGCCGCUCUCCCCGAGGCGGUACCAUGUGAGCGCCGCAGCUCCCAAGCCUGCUCCAGCCACCGCUGGCGAUCUUACCACUGCCCCCCCGUCGUGCGCUGUCGCGCGCGGUAUGUCUGAAGCGACCGACAAAACGAAUCCGUUGUCUCCGUCUACUUCACCUCGUCAUGAGCAGCUGGGUUCGUGUCCAGAGUUUCGCAUGACGAUGUCGUCUGGUGCAGCUGCCACGGUGCCAGCUCCCACCCGCGCUUCUGGUGGUGCGGCGGUCGGUGCCGGGGGUGUGGUGCCCCCGCCCCUGCCCCAUCGGGCGAUCGUCCCUCCUGCUUUGGAGAAAACGGAUGAGCGUGGUGUAGCAGAUGCGACCAAGGACAGUGGCGGCCUCGCUGCCUCGACGGACCAGUCGGACGAGACCCCGAGCAACAUCGUCCAAGAGGUGGCCGAAGACGUGGCUGAGGGAGUGGCCGACAUGAUGCAGGUCAUUCGAGGCGUGUUCGGCAGGGGGGAAAGUGACGACGGCGAUGAUGCCGACCCAACACCACCACCGCCGCAGAAGGCGGUCUACGGUGGUGGUGGUGACAGUGGCACCCCUGAACAGAAAGAUUUUCUUGUUUCCGCAGUCCUCAGUCGAGGUUCGGCGCUAUUCAGGCUUUGAGUAUAUUAUACCUCAAUAGUAUAGGUCCGGCACUAUUGAGGAGAUGUUUGAUUUGAUGGUGUAGCGCUCAUGCGUCGCGGGGCUAACAGAGUACGAAAUGGAUUGAAUUACAGUAGUGCUGGGCCCUGUUCUAGCGUGGGUGUGGGCAGGCUGUCCUGCGACCCGCGUGGUUCCCCCCUGUCGCACACACAGAGAUGUAGAAAAAUUACUUGCAAGUUGAAUCGUUACUUUCUUCCUGUUUCAGCNAUUACAGUAGUGCUGGGCCCUGUUCUAGCGUGGGUGUGGGCAGGCUGUCCUGCGACCCGCGUGGUUCCCCCCUGUCGCACACACAGAGAUGUAGAAAAAUUACUUGCAAGUUGANCCUGUUCUAGCGUGGGUGUGGGCAGGCUGUCCCGCGACCCGUGUGGUUCCCCCCUGUCGCACACAGAGAUGUAGAAAAAUUACUGCUGUAGACAAUGUAACCCCGCCCUCACUACGCCGCGAAAAAUUAUCUCAUGUCUGCCUGGCGCUUCCAUCAAAUUGAGAAUCUCAAGCUUCGUGUUGUUGUCUGGCCGCGCACGAGAACCAGAUCCCUUCUUACUCCCCGCCUUUGCUUUCUUCGGGCGUGCGUUUAGAUGGAUGGUCCCGCCCCAGCACCCUCAGCUGGUGUCGCAUUGCGCUUGCCAGCCUUGGCGACGCACUUGCUGCAGAUGCGGUGCUUUUCGUCGUCCUCAAACAUGCUCCCGCAAUUGCCGUGGAGCCGUCCGCCACACCCUCCCUUGCAGACGGGGCCAUGAGGGGCUUGCGGCGUUCUGCUCCUUGAUGGCGGCACAGUUCACCGUUCGCACAAGGCUUGUUGCGUCCCUGCGUGAGUGAGCUUUCGGGUCUGCAGC